CAGUUCCCAACUACGAGCCGCGAGUUUGUAGAUGGGGCUGCUCGGUGGCGCCUGCGGCUGAGAAAGAGCAGCGGCCGCGGGCAGAGAGGAGCGACGGCGGCGCGGAGGAAGCCGAGGUGCGAGUCGCAGCAAUGCAGCAAGUGUUGGAUAACCUUACGGAGCUGCCCUCAUCUACGGGAGCAGAAGAAAUAGACCUAAUUUUCCUCAAGGGGAUUAUGGAGAAUCCUAUUGUAAAAUCACUUGCGAAGGCUCAUGAGAGGCUAGAAGAUUCAAAACUAGAAGCUGUCAGUGAUAAUAACUUGGAAUUAGUCAAUGAAAUUCUCGAAGAUAUCACCCCUCUAAUAAAUGUGGAUGAAAAUGUGGCAGAACUGGUUGGUAUACUCAAAGAGCCUCACUUCCAGUCACUCUUGGAGGCCCAUGAUAUUGUGGCAUCAAAGUGUUACGAGUCACCUCCAUCAAGCCCGGAAAUGAAUAAUUCUUCUAUCAAUAAUCAGUUAUUACCAGUAGAUGCCAUUCGUAUUCUUGGUAUUCACAAAAGGGCUGGGGAACCACUGGGUGUAACAUUUAGGGUUGAAAAUAAUGAUCUGGUAAUCGCCCGAAUCCUCCAUGGAGGGAUGAUAGACCGUCAGGGUCUGCUUCAUGUGGGAGAUAUCAUUAAAGAAGUCAAUGGCCAUGAAGUUGGAAACAACCCAAAGGAAUUACAAGAAUUACUGAAAAAUAUUAGUGGAAGUGUCACCCUGAAAAUUUUACCAAGCUAUAGAGAUACCAUUAUUCCUCAACAGAGUUGCAUCAGUAUGGAGAGGCAUCCAGCACACGUCCGUCAGGUAUUUGUGAAAUGUCAUUUUGAUUAUAAUCCAUACAAUGAUAACCUGAUACCCUGCAAAGAAGCAGGAUUGAAGUUUUCAAAAGGAGAAAUUCUUCAGAUUGUAAACAGAGAAGACCCAAACUGGUGGCAGGCUAGCCAUGUCAAAGAGGGAGGAAGUGCUGGUCUCAUUCCAAGCCAGUUCCUGGAAGAGAAGAGAAAGGCCUUUGUUAGAAGAGACUGGGAUAAUUCAGGACCUUUUUGUGGAACAAUAAGUAGCAAAAAAAAGAAAAAGAUGAUGUAUCUCACAACCAGAAACGCAGAAUUCGAUCGUCAUGAAAUCCAGAUAUACGAGGAGGUAGCCAAAAUGCCUCCCUUCCAGAGAAAGACGUUAGUAUUGAUAGGAGCUCAAGGUGUGGGCCGAAGAAGCUUGAAAAACAGGUUCAUAGUGUUAAAUCCCACUAGGUUUGGAACCACAGUGCCAUUUACUUCACGGAAACCAAGGGAAGAUGAAAAAGAUGGCCAAGCAUAUAAAUUUGUGUCACGAUCUGAGAUGGAAGCUGAUAUUAAAGCUGGAAAGUAUUUGGAACAUGGGGAAUAUGAAGGAAAUCUCUAUGGAACCAAGAUCGACUCCAUUCUUGAAGUUGUCCAAACUGGAAGAACUUGCAUUUUGGAUGUCAACCCACAAGCCCUGAAAGUGCUGAGGACAUCCGAGUUCAUGCCCUAUGUUGUGUUCAUCGCUGCUCCAGAGCUGGACACGCUGCGCGCCAUGCACAAGGCCGUAGUGGAGGCUGGUGUCACUACCAAACUUUUGACGGACUCUGACUUGAAGAAAACAGUGGAUGAAAGUGCACGGAUUCAGAGAGCAUACAACCACUAUUUUGAUCUGAUCAUCGUCAAUGACAAUCUAGACAAAGCCUUUGAGAAACUUCAGACUGCCAUAGAGAAACUGAGAAUGGAGCCACAGUGGGUCCCAAUCAGCUGGGUUUACUGAUGAUUCAGUAAGGUUCACAAUUCAAAUAAACUUUCCAAAAAGUGACUGCAACAAAUAAACCUACUGAAUAAAUACAUGCACAGAUAGAAGAUAUCUGCCAAGUCCAGGCAUUUUUAUUGUGUAGAUUGAAAUACCAGUACACUAUUCCGAAUUUUUAUAUAAAAUGUGGUUGAGAAGGUGUACUAAUAUAUAAUUUAUCUUAAUUUUUCUAACUUUUUAUGGAUAAUCUUUCUAUUCAUAUCACAUAAAGAAAUGCGUUGAAGCAUUUUGUAUAUGUUUUGAUUUAGUACCCUUGCCUUUUUCAUCCAAGGAAUUUUCAAAUCAUUCACUCUAACAUUGGUCUCACAUUUUCACUGUGAUAAUGAAUACUUGAAAUAGUUUUGUAAAGCUGUCAUUUAGUUCGGUAUUUAGUGAAGGUUCAGCUACUCUUAUUAGGAAAAAAUAAUAGUUUAUUGGCCUUCUUUCCUAAUAUAUUCAAUUUCUUACAGAAGCAGAAUUUUAAUGUCAGUGCUACAGCUAGUCUACUACCAUCCAAAUCUGACAUCAGAAGUCUGCUCAGUGCAGCAUAGCUUCAUUAUUUCAGAGUUGUAUGGCUAUCCGUUCUAAUUUACGCAGCUGUGUUAGUUUUUCCCUUCCUGCUCUCUCUCGUGAAAAAAUGAAGAGUAGUACCUUGCACUCUCAUUCGUUGCAGUGACGGGCUGAUGCUUCGUUAACAUGUACACGGCGAGCGAGGCCACACCGGCCGGGAGAGUGCCUUAUCCUGCAAACCUUGUAACAGAAUGACUCUGAGAGCUGAUCCAUUGUAAAAGUUUAACUGAUGAAAGUGUACCUAUUGCUUUAUACAGUUUUCUAUUAGGAUAUGAUCAGCAAAUGUGUCAUGCCUCUGAAAAUUUCUGUGAUGCUGAAAAAUGCCUCUAAGUUUGCAGUUGGGGGCUUAUGUGAACAGUUUGCUUUUUGAAGUGUGAUGUGAUCAUUAGGGUAUUUUUUCAGUUUGUUGUGUUGUGAACCAAAUCCAUUGAACAAUUUAUGAAAUUUGGAAAAAAUUGUCAAAUGUUUUAUCUCACUAGACUACAUAUAUAUUAUAUAAUAUAUACAGUGUAUGUAUUAUAUAAUAUGCAUUAAAUAAUGUUAUAUAUUUUUUUACAUUUGUUAGGAAAUGUACUUUUUGUUUAGGAAGUAAACUUUUUGAUUAGGAAAACAGUUCUCCUUCUUUAGAUACAUUAAUAUAUACAAAUUUCCAAAAUUCAUCUCAGUUAAUAUCUUCCUUUAGGAUUCUUUGAUGGUAUAAAUUCUUCUAAAGUAUAUUCAGAGAUGCAGAUUAUUGUUUAACGAAGUUAGCCAUAUUUUAUACUGCUGCUAGCUUUUCACAUAAACAGUAUUCACACUUAACAGGUUAGGUGCUUAAACUUUGAUGAUCAUCUUUGUCUGGUGGUAGACACCAGAUCCCUGGCUGCUGAAAUUUGUUUUCCCCUCAGCUAAGACUGUCACAUGGAAUGCUAGCCCGGAGGACUCAGAGGGAAGAGAAAAUACAUGGUAAUAAGCAGCAGGCACUGUUCUUUUUCACAAUGAAACCAAACACCCAAGUAGCUGUAUGGAGGUUCGUUGUCCUAGAAUAGGAAAUUGGUAGCAAAAUGGAUCAUACCCUUUAGUAACUUUGGUAACUUUUAAACCACGUACAUUUACAUCAAAGUCUUGGCUUCUCAAAGAUGAAUCAAAGCACAGUGUCGAGAUGAUGUCCCAUGACUUAGCAUCUCAACACGCUGUAAAUUUUAAGAGAAAUUUUAUUUUCACAUUCUCAGGAAGUAUGGUGUCUUCGGCAGUGUGCCUUCGUGCUGCUGCCUGCAGCCUCUAGGGGAUCACUGGAGCCGCUGCCUGCAGCCUCUAGGGGAUCACUGGAGCCGCUGCCUGCAGCCUCUAGGGGAUCACUGGAGCCGCUGCCUGCAGCCUCUCGGGGAUCACUGGAGCCGCUGCCUGCAGCCUCUCGGGGAUCACUGGAGCCGCUGCCUGCAGCCUCUAGGGGAUCACUGGAGCAGCUCAAGAAGUCUAUCCACAAGAUAUUUUACCCAUCGACACAACAGAGAUGGUUUUUACAUCAGACAUAUUUUAGGCCUUAUCACAUGGUAUAAAGUGCACAUUAUUUAGAAAACAGUCUACACUUGAGUUAUUUCUAUUAUAAAUGGUAUUCAUGACUAACUAGUUUAUACACAUGAGAUUCCUCCUAAUAUAAAAUGGAACAAUGCAGUUGAUUUCAUUUCCAUCUAGAUGCCAGAGCCGAAAAGAAUCAAUUUAUAGCAAAGUUCAUCUAUCUCAAUAAAGAGUCAUUGAACUUGAAACUGAAGUCCCAUCUGGUUCUGUAGAAACCAGCAGAGCUCUGCUGGGGCAAGAAGUCCCAGAGGCCCCGGAAUUCUCCUAUAGCAAUGACAGUAUAGUUGUGGUCAAGGGAAUGUGAACUUCUCCUGUAGGGAAGGUCUAAGAUAACUAGCUUUACUGAAGAGAAAAUAGCUUAAGGUGACAUUAAAAAUAUUCUUAAAAAUAUGCGUGCAUAUGCUUUUGGGAAACAAUGUGCCAACAUAGUAAUGCACCUGAGGAUUCCUUGUGGACAGGUGAGCAUCCACAUUCAGCAUUCAGGGCAUGAUUAUUUAUAUACAGCUAAAUAUAUAUAUUUUUAAAUAUACAAAUAUCGCAUAUCCAUAGAGUUGAUGUCCCUGGAUAAGUCAUUUAACUGUAACUAGUGUAAUAAAUGUGAUGCACUCAAGUAGAAUUUUUCCUUUUAUUAUAACCAAGCCUUGAUUAUGCAGUUUCCAUUUCUGUUUGAUAUUUGGAUAGUGUCAAAUAAAAUACUAUCCAAUACAUCAGGACUUUGUUUACUUUUACCAUACAACUGCUGAACAUAGCUUUCUAAGGUAGAAAUCAUAUCAUAAACCCAGUACAGCAAUAGUAGCCUGAACCCUAGACUCUAGAAUCUAGUAAAUUUAAUAUAAUAGCUUAUAAGGACAAGUUUUCUUUAAAAGAGCAAAUUGGAUAUUAACACAAAUUUAGAAAAAAAUUCAAAUUAGCAAUAAAAUAUGUUAGUGUAGCAUUAUAGACUAUGGCCAGGUACUGACUGCUUUGACUGUAAUAUCCCAGUGACCAUAGAAGAUGAUCUUUGUUUUAAAGAGUCAUUUAAAUUUGUACUUAUUUUUAUGGAUAACAACAAGUGUCCCAGUCCAGUGAUUGGGGUUGAUUUUUCAGAUGGAUAGCCAUGGAGUUAGGUAUAAUUAUUUUAAACUGGUAAAUAUUAAAGUUUUGAAAAUUGGUCUACUUAACAUUGUACUUUUAUGACUUCUGAAACAACACCCCAUUUUCCAGGAACCACAGGCUAGGGAGCCAAUAAUUUUAUAGUGAUGAGUCUUUAUACUACAUAUGGAAAAAGCAAUCCUGAAGUUUUCUGUGUAUAGCUAGCAGGUCAUUUUUUAAAUGUUUGAGUCAUCAUAUAUAUAAUAUAUAUACACAGCUAUGUGUAUAAUAUGUAAAAUUCUCCCAAGAUAUAUGGAUAAUAAUACUAAAAUGUUCACUAUGUAAUUAUAACUAAUGCUCUUACAUUUUUAAUUAUUUCCAAAUUCUUAGACAUUAUGAAACUUUUCACAUAGUUUUCAGAGGCUCUGGUUUUACUUUGAGGCAGAUACUAAUCCCCUUUCUGAAAAAUAUAUUUGGAAUUAAGCUCAGAAAGGUAUUCUAACUUUAUUUCCUUAGGGAAAAGGGACAGAGUCAUGGAUGGAAACCUCCUGAAAUACUUAUUUAAACCGUCAAAUGAAUUUGAGAUAUGGUUCAGGCUUAGAGAUUAUAGUACCUGCCCUUCUCUUGGAUUUGUUGUGAGAAUUCAUGUAAUAACAUCUGUAAUGGAUUUGGAGUUCUUGGGAGAAAUUCAGUACUUUAAAUAACAGGACUAUUGUAUAUAGAACAAGUUAAUAUUCACAAACUUUUAAGAAUACAAUUGAGUAAUAAUUCAUCAUAUCAUUUUUUACAUAUACAUUAUAUGUCUGAAGAAGAUAACAAUUCUAUAAUUUUCUUAAGGUAAGAUUAUUUUUAACUGCAUUUUUGCUAGCUUCAAGUUUUAGUUUUAAUAUUUUCCAUAAUUUACCAUAUUACUUGUGUGUUUCUGGAAUGACUUAGUACACAGAAUCAAAAAUGAGUCCUUAAAACACUAGAAAGUGAAGGAAUGAUGCUAUCUCAUUUCUAAGACGACUUUAAAAGCAUGAUUUGCACUACUUCUGCAGUACACUGCACUGCAUUCUUUAAAAUAGUCUCUCUUUUUAUAAAAAUAGAGCUGGUGCACUUCUACUGGCUGAGAUCCUAAUUAUGACUCCUGACCAUAUGACCAUUGAGAAAAUUUACAUCUCCCUUUUAAUAAUACAUUUGUUAAAUAAGACUAACUUAAUAUUUAUCUUCACCGUAAUUUAUAACUCUGAUGAGGUAAAUGGUAAAUUGGAAAUUCCUUAUUAAGCUACUUUAUUUGUUUAUUAUAUAUAUUCAUUUGCCCUGAGUUGGCUUAUUUUUUAGUUCUUUUAAAGUGUACCUCUCUUGGAGGUAACAUAGUGAUAGGUGCACACCAUUUAGAAAUUCUGCCUUCAGUUUUAAAACAGCUCUGAGGAUGUUGUUCCAGCCUGAAAGAGGUUGUGUUCUGGUCUCUUAGUGGCCUUGGUCAGGAGGUCUUGAGUUCAGAAUCCUUUUCUAAGUCCAGACCUUUAGGAAAUCCUCCUCCUCACCAACCAGACCACUCACAAGUCAAACAAAAUUUAAGUAAGCAAUCCAGUACUCUAUUACAUCUGAAGACACUCUGAUCUUUGCCCCUUAAAGCUGCUUACCUUAUUCUUCUGCCUGAAUUUAUCACUGCAGCCCUAUAGUUCAACCCAUAGUAUUAAGUUUAAAAGGCAUUUGUUUCUUUAAAUGGGGAAACAUAUUCAGUUACCUCCAGUUGGGGGACCACGAAUCCAAUAGGACUGCAUUUUUUUUUUGUUCUGUUCUCUACCUGCUUCAGGGCACUGGCUGAUACUGCAGUGCUAUGAGAAAUCUGACUUGCGUCCAUACACCAAAGCUGACCAGAAGCAACAAUUCUUUUUUUUUCCCCUACCAGCUUUAAUUGUUUUCUAAUCUCCAGCACAAACUGAAUGAACACAUCUACAGAUGAUGUAAAUGCCACUUACAACUUGGCAGAUUAAAUGACUUAAUGCUUGUAAAUCUGUCUUGAGUCCCAGUGAACAAGUACUGUUACUAACACAGAGCAAAAGCCAAAAGGUCUUAUUUUAAAAGUUGGGGAUAAAUAUCUUUAUUGCACUUCAGUCACAGCAAGCCAGGGUAGAAACAUACAAAUAUGACAAACUAUGCCUGAAACUUAACCUUCUUCACAUCAGUCAAGGAGGCCUGGGAGCUUGGAGGAUGAGGGAAACUCUGCUAUAUAUAUUAUUACCAUCACUAAACCAUAAGUCAUUACCAAUUAAAAUAUGUGGUUCUCGUCUUACUCUUAAAUACAAGAAGCAGGCAGUGAUGUGAGUAACCUUUGCAGGCUUUGCAGGACAUACUUUGUUCUGAUAGACAUGGUCUAACUGAGAAAUGCCUUAGUCUUUUUAGUGGAACUUGAUUUGAGGAAUAGCUGAUCUCCAUCUGUAACUGAAAUACAAGGUAAAUACUUCUUUUGGCUGUGUGUUCUCUUUAAAAAAGAACUGCUGAUUCCUGUUUCUUCAGUAACGUUGGUUUUUAAGAAAAUGUUAUCUUGGAUUUUGCUAGAAGAAUGAACACUGGGGUUCAGCAUCUGGUGUACUUUCUACAUGUUAUGUUAGCUCUAUUAAGAACCCAUGAUGAAAAUUUGAUGUGAGGACUUUGGGUGUUUUUUCCCCCAUUUCAUUUUGGUAUAUUUUUGUUUUGAACACAUAUGCAUGCUCUUUUUAACCUCUAGUCUGUGAAAUGAUGGUAGAAGAGAUUUUUUUUUUUUAAUGGAGGGCAAAAUACUUGUUAACAACCAAAAAAUUAAAGCUGAAGAAGCUGCUAAAGGUGAAAAAGUUUAAAAAUAAAAUUAAUUGCUACUGCUUUCCAAGUAAUUGUAUUACUAGUACCUGUACAAAAGAGACAUUAUUGCUGUCCUUGUAUAAAUAAAAUCUACCUGCAGUACAAUUAAGUAUUGACUUCUCAGCAACUAUCCCUGUAAAUUUUUCUUUUCACAUAUUAAUAUGUUGUCCAAAAUGAAAUUUACUGAAAUGUUCAAUCUGUGAGACUGCAUACUCCUGGUAAAAUAUUUUUGUAUAUAUAAAGAAAUAAAUACUUAAUAUUGGGAAAA